AUAACGUUUGUGUUCGAUUAGAUGUUAAAACUUUCGGUUAAUUUCCUUCUGAAAGUUUCCAAAGUGAAUUGCGCAUCAUCUACGGAAAAACGUGCUAUUUUUAGAUGGAACGAUCGGAAGUACCGGCGCCAAGUACACAAAUGCGUCAUAAAUUACAUAAUGUGAAAAACUGGUUAGGUUAGGUUAGGGUUAAUACCUACCCCCCGGCAAUAAGAUGAAUAACGGAGUCUUUUUGAGACAUAUCACCCUUCAACUUGAGGGUUUCUCACUGUCACCACACUGUCCACUCGCAUGCCCACUGAGUCCGUCCCUGUAUCACCCUUAUUCGUGAACGUGACACUCGGCGCGUAGGCCUAAAUUUCCCAAAUUUAUUCGAAUACCGCACUGUUUUCGUCCCCCACCACCCGGUACCAUGCCGCGAUCACGUGGCCCUGUUUACCCGGUACCACUGCACCCCUAAUGACAGUAUUGACAACUGGGGAAAACCACCCUCGAUUGUUUCAUUACCAACCGUCCCCGAUGCACUGAAUUUCCGCGAUUUUUUUCGAUGCAUUCAGGGCGUGCUUUCUCCACGAGUUUGCGCACCCAACUGUCCACACGAACGCACAAUGUAAACAAGUGUUUGGCUUAUUUUUAGCUUAUCUGGAGGCAAUUACGUAAAUAAGCGAUAAGUUAGGUUAUGUCAGAGGCGGCUUGAUGACUUUCGAUGUGCCCAGGAUGCCCAACAAGGCCCUCCACUGCUACCUCCUGAUGAUCAUCUGGAUCCUUCUGUUGGUGGCAGGUGUUUACAAAUUCCUUGAACCGAGACAGAGGCCCCCCGAGCCGGCGGUCAGCGCCGAGCUGUUCCACAACCUCGCCAAUGAUAUCAAAACUAGGCGAAUUUUUAAAAUUUGCAACUUCCCCCACGAGAUCUCCGAUGGGGAUGAAGGUGUGGUCCAGAGCAAGAAAUGGGUAAUGACGGGAGUCAUCAUUCUUAUAAGACAUGGAGACAGGGGGCCCCUACAACAUGUUAGGAAUAUCUCCGCGGUCAAUUGCGGCUCGCAAGAAACAGAAAAAUUGAUUUCUUACAAGUCAUAUCUUCACAACGUGACAAUCUCGGGCCGCGCCCCCUGGACUGGCCCUGGCCCCUUCCACGACUUUCCACUGCUACCAACCCACCCUCGUCAAUGCCAACUGGGCCAACUCACCAUGCAAGGCAUCAGCCAACUCCUCAAACUGGGCCAAAUAUUACGUGAUUCUUACCUUCACGUUUGGCCGAAAAUCGCAACUUUAACACCUAGCGAAGUCCUGGUCUACAGUACCCGAUAUCGACGAACCUUCCAAUCAGCCCUAUCUUUCUUAUUUGCUUUAAUACCCACUGAAACAUUCACAAAAUUAUCUAUUUUCGAAAGUCAAUCAAUGAAUUUUUGUUUCAAAGACUGCGGGUGCCCCAUCACUGACAAAUUGUUAAAAGGGGUCAAGAAAUCGAUUUCGCACCAAUUGAAAUCUCACCCGGCUGUGGCCGUUCUUGCCGAAGCCACGGGAAAGUCAUUGUUUUCCACUGGGGCGGAGCAAGGGGCUCUUGGUGGGGACCCCCAUGCUGUCAGAGACGCUCUUCUGACGUAUGUGUGCCACGGUAGUGGUCUCCCAUGUGAAACCCCGACAAAUUGUAUCAAGCGACAGAACGUUGCUGGUGUUUUUGCUUACACAGAUUGGGUCAACUACCAGAAAUGGAGGAACGUAUUUUGGAAAAGACUGUGUCUUUUGAGGUCCUACGGGUUAAUAAGACACAUCGUGCAACAAAUGCUACACAUGGUGUCUAAUAAUGGCCCCUUUUUGGUUCUUUAUUCAGGCCAUGACCACACUGUGGAGCAACUCACCACAGCUCUAGGGCUUCAAAACGACCCGCUUUUGUUGCGGUAUGGUGCCAGGGUUGUAUUCGAAGUCUACCAGAACUACGAAGAAUCACAUAAUGGCGCCAAAGGUAUUUAUUUUCGCGUGCUAUCAAACGGUAGGGAUGUCACAAAGCAGGUGAGUUUUUGUAAAGAUAUAGUCUUCUUAGAAAAUAAAGUAAGUUUGUGUAAAAUCGAGGAUAUUGUGAGAUUUAUCCACGAUGAUUAUUUUGUUUCCUUAAACGUGACGAAUUUUAAGGAUGCCUGUAGUAGGAAUGAGUAGAAAUGUGAUUUUAAGUUGUUAUAUUUCUGAGACUGUGAUUAUGACAGACGUGUUUUCGUUUCGAGAGCAGUGGCGUAUCAAAAGAGAAAUAGAAAGGUCAUUGACGUAAAAAGGAAUGUCAAAUGUUGUGACCAAAGCACAAAAAAGGUUGUGAGCUUGUUCAAGAAAUGAAUUCACGGUCUCGAAGGGAUAUUUGAUUUCUUCAGUCUUCCCUGGUUGUGUUUUAUUUGUCAUAUUGGUCUUAUCAGUAUUUGUCGCUGUUAACAAGAAAUGAGUCUUUAUUGGUUGUGAAAUUACUGACAUUUUAUCUUGACUGGAAAUUGAAAUCGCGAACAAAAGUAAAAGAGGAAUUUGCUUUAAACGAAAGAUUUUGGUUGUCUAGGGUCUUGAUGAUACAGUACAUAUGUUUUUAUUACGCUUAUUUUUAUUAUUUUUCAAGAGGUAUGUUAUCUAUAAGAAAAAAUUCAUGUGAUGUAACUGUGAACAAAGUGUAAAUCCAUUAUUUAUUUUAAUCUACAUUUUCUAUUGUGAUGCUGAUUUAUUUUUAUCUUAUUACUUGAGAAAUAAAACUAGAAAUUUUGUUGUUCAUUAUUCCCGUUCCAAAUUUUGACUUUUGUUACAAAAAAAGUAAAAUCGUAUUAAAUCACGUGUUUAGCAAGUGACACUGGAGAUUCUUUUAUUUAUUUUUAAUAUUCUAUUGCAUAACUGUAGACGUCAACGAACGAGGUGUUUAUCUACAUAGAACUGUUAAUAAAAAUACUCGUUGAAGUUUCGUUAAUGACAAAAAUUUAUUGUUAUUUUAUUUGUGAAAUUUUUGUGGAAAUUAGGAAUAAACUUUUAUCUAAACUCAAACAACAAGCGUGGAUUUUUCUCUGAAGUAUGUAAUUUAAGUUUGCACUUGUUUUAUUGAUAUUGCUAUCUAAAAUCAACUUUCUUUUGAUAAGUGAUAAGUUAAUAUUUGCCCACAUUAUAUAACAAUGAUCAAUCUCGUGCAUCAGUAAACAUCGUACCACAAUCUGUUAAUUCGUAAAAUAAAACACAAAGUCGUUAUAUUUGUGUUUAUUCAAUGUCUCCAUAGAAUCAGUCUUUACUGCAAAAACAUGUAACUUUCAGAUGACUAGUGACUAGUAAUAGUAAAAACACGGCCAAGGUUUCUGUUUAUUUGAAAAAUCCAUUGCUUAACUGACCUACACCUUAAUGAGUUAUUUUUUGUGCAACUUAUAAAUCUAAAUAAUGCGAUAUGUAAAUAAGACAAACUUUAAUAAAAAAAAACAUAAGCGUAACAUUUGCUUUCAUUUCC